AUGUCUACCACUUCGGGAGUUAACGUACUUCGGUAUUCCGCCCUUGCUUUCGGCGUUUUCUACGGCUUCAGCCACCAGCGAUCGAUCAAUGCUUCGCAACGCGCCGCUGCCGCCAAGAAGGAAUACGAGCACAAGCAACAAUUAAUAAACCAAGCCAAGGCCGAAUACUCAAAGUCCAAGAGUCCUGCUGCGUCAUCUACGGCGAAGAGUGGCCUAAACCAAGACCCAAUGGACCCGAAAUUCGACCUGGAGGCUUAUUUGAAUGCUCUGAUGGAACAAAAGGCCUAA